AUGGCGCUGCUCUCCCACUUCUUGGAGCACCGGGCGGCCACAGCCGACGAGGGCAAGCCCUACUCGCGCCUGGACAACAGCAUGCUCUACAGCCGCUUCAUCUCCCCCAGCGUCGCCCUGCUCGAGCUGCCCGGCAGGGACGGCGGGGACAUGGGCUCACCCAUCGCCGGGGACCACAACGGGCUGGGACCUGGUGACCACCCUGACCCCGAGACGGCCAUGCUGGAAGCACCGAGUCCUGGCUCCAUCCCUCCUGUCACCGAUGAGCCGGAGAGUGCCAUGGCCCUGUGCCCCGCUGACCUCCCGGUGCUGAUCUACGAGGCUGCGGGUUUCCAGGGCCGCAGCUUCACCAUCAGCCGAGACAUCUACGACCUGAAGAGCCUGCCCGGGCCGGCGCUGCCCACCGCGGGCUCCCUGCACGUCCUGGGCGGCUGCUGGGUCGGCUACGAGAAGGAGGGCUUCCGCGGCCACCAGUACCUGCUGGAAGAAGGGCAGUACCAGGACUGGAGGCAGUGGGGCGGCUACAGCAAGGAGCUGGUGUCCUUACGGCUGAUACGGACGACCGAGGGGCUUGGGGUGGGCUACUUCUCCCCGCAGGACUUCUCCGACCCGGCGCUGGUCCUCUUCGAGGCCAUGGACUUCGAAGAGGGCGCGAGCGUGGAGCUGAGCGAGUUUUUCUCGGAGCCCUCCAUCUUCCUGCACGGGCUGGAGUGUUUCGAGGGGAAGGAGAUCGAGCUGAACAACGAAGUGCGCAGCCUCCAGGCAGAGGGUUUCAACAACCACGUGCUGUCGGUGCGGGUCAAAGGCGGGAUACGGAUCUAUUUCCGCGUCAGGAGCAGGGAGCUGGAGCUCUACCUCUCCGUCCCCGACGACGUGGAGGACAUGAAAGCGGGGCGGGUGGUGGUCUCCAGUCUGAGCGAGCAGAGCAGCUCCGUCUGGUACUACGAGGACGGGCUGAUCAAAAACCAGCCUGACUUCUUGGGGGACCACGUCGCCUUCGAGGAGGACCAGGACGCCCUGCCCGACGCCUUCGUCCCAUGCUCCUGCAGAGUCCGCGGGGGCAGCUGGAUCCUGUUCGACGGGCAGGCCUUCGCCGGGGAGCAGCACGUGCUGUCCGAGGGCGAGUACCCCACGCUCAGCGCCAUGGGCUGCCUCUCCUCCACCGCCAUCCGCUCCUUGAAGAAGGUCCCGGUGUUUUUCUCGGAGCCCUCCAUCUUCCUGCACGGGCUGGAGUGUUUCGAGGGGAAGGAGAUCGAGCUGAACAACGAAGUGCGCAGCCUCCAGGCAGAGGGUUUCAACAACCACGUGCUGUCGGUGCGGGUCAAAGGCGGGAUUGUGCUGUUGGUGACACAGCCAUCUCCCAACCAGUCGGGAGCCAAGGGAUUUCUACCCAGUACCCCCAAAGGUGCAGCUCGCACCGACGCAGAGCUCAUGUCCUCCAUGAUGCAAAAAAUCACUCUGUUGGAGCAAAAAUUAGAGAAACAAGCACAAGAAAUCCAGCUGAAGGACAGGAGGAUUGCUGAACUUGAAGAGGAGAUGAAGACGCUUCAGAAAGGAGAAGGUGCUCCUGACUUACCCACAGCAGAAGAACUGGAAAUUAGGUGCCUUCAGCUGCAGACCCAGGUCUGGGAGAUGGAGCGGUUUCUAAAUGACUAUGGUCUGAUUUGGGUUGGAGAGAGACAUGAACAGCCAGAAGAUUCAGAAUCACUUGAGGAUGAAGAAGAGCUGCCAGCAAGGAGCCUAUGGAAGCCAGGUGAAGCAGUUGUUUCCAAACACCACAUUGAUUUUGAUUUGAUCUUGGAAAACGUGAAGGAUUUGAACAUGCUGGCUGGAGAAGGUGUUUCUCAAAUCGAGCACACGCCUGGGGGUGCUCGGCUGAGACAGCCAGAACCCCUCCCUCUUACGCUGUACCAAAAUGGGAUCGUCAUGUUCAACGGGCCCUUUCGGCCCUACGAGGACCCAUCCACACAGCAAUGCCUGCAGGAUAUCAUGGAUGGCUAUUUUCCUUCUGAGUUGCAGAUGCGCUACCCAGAUGGCAUCCCUUUGCAGGUCAUUGACAGAAGGAACGUGGUAUUUCGGGAGAGAGACCUUCCAGGGAGUUUUCCUGGCCAUGGCCAAGCAGUUGGCCAUUCAAAAUCAAGCGAGGUGCAGGAAACCACCAAGACCCCAGGUCCCAAAUCCUCCUUGAAGCAGUUUCUCAACAAGCCUUCUAAGUCCUCGGAACACAGAGGACAAGUGAUCAGUGUCCGAGAUUCAGCCAGAGCAGCACAGCAGGGUACUGGUGGGGUGUGGAGCAGCAAAGAGAUCCUGGUGGAGACACCCACGCUGUCGGCCCUGGAGAGGACAAAGACAGCUGAAGAGGCUGAGGCUUCUGCUCCUGACAUCUGCACUCUCCGCAUCAAAUCUGAGAGCGGGGAGCAGACGUACCUCUUGAAGAUGCUGUUCACAGAGACCAUAGGAGACCUGCGCCAAUACCUCGCCUAUGCCAGGGGUGGAGACUCCGACUCGUAUGAGAUCAUCAGUACCUUUCCCCAGAGGAUGUACAUGGACAACUCCAGAAGCCUGCAGGAAUGUGGCCUGAUCCCCAAUGCCUCCUUGCUGCUGCGGAGAAGAGACCCCUCCCAACAAGAGGGGACAGGGCUGCAAACAGCUUAA